CGUACAAACAUUGUUACGCAUGCAUGAUUGUAGUACUGUAUAGUGUUUAGCAGAGCCGUGUACCACGACCAAGUAUGGAGGUGCGUCAGCAUUUGUCUAUUGUAAAUGGUAUUAGUUUUCUUUUGGUCUUCAUUUGUCGAUGUGCAUAUGGUUGUAAUGGUGUCAUAUCUGAAAACCAUUGUUUUGUUGUCGUCUACGUGGAAAACUCUAAAUUUGUCACAUGGAACGAAGCCAAUACAUUGGAAAAUGGACAUAGACUAGCGAGCAUUACGUCACAAAAACAGCUGGAUGCUAUUUUAGAAUACAUAAUAGAGGAGAAAUACAUUAACGUAUGGUUUUACAUUGGAUUGUCUCGAAAAGCAAAUACUAAUAGAGGUUUAUUAAAUAAUUGGACAUGGACAUCGGGCAUAGCGCUAGAGUAUGACAACUGGGCAGGCGGAGAACCUAAUGUCGUUAACGAUGAUUGUGCAGGGGUGGUAAUGAGGAUUAAAGAUAAAUCACAGAAGAAAACAUUUCAUGACUUUAAGUGCGGUCAGAAAAUUUAUGAUUUUGGUUUGAACUACAUAUACCAAUACCCUAACAAUUGCGAAGAAGACACUGUGAAGAUUGGAAACUUAAGUUACCAUUUUAUAGCUACUCCAUCUGGCUCAACCGCAAAUUCUUCUGAAGUGUGUCCGUCUAAUACACCAAACGGUAAGAAAGCUAAAUUAUUAUUGUCUAAAUAGCAAAGGUUAGUACUUAAAUUUAAAACCACAAGGGAUCCGGUAAUAAUGGAGUAGUGGAAAUUUAGGGUCAAGCCAGCUCCACCAAUCAACACCUCGAAUUUACGUAAACACGACAAAUCAACAGGGGCGAAUUCAGUAGGGGGAAGGGAUGCUGGGCAGAUCAACAGCUGCAGAUCCAGUAGGAGUGGAGAGGGUUGGGGGUGUUCAACACGUGCCUCCCCGUUUUGCCACUAAUUUUUUUAAAUUUCAGUGCAUAUUAUGUUAUGUGCUACUCACUUAGGCC